UGAACAAACGUUCGGGGAGGAGCAGCACGGGCAGCCAAAAGAGAAAUAUGUGAAGAGUAAAAAAGUUGCGCUGCAUUGAGUCGUGGUCGAGCCGUACUAGUUUCCCAAAUGUUCACCACAGAAGUCUCUCACCUUCUCUCCAGUUUCCUUGAUGAGCCAGUAGUAUAAAACUACUUUCUAAAAGACAAGCGAGCUUUGGAAGUCCAGACUGAAGAUAACUUGUUUUCUUUCUCUUUUUGGAACUUGUUGGCCGGGACUUUACGCGCGGUGACUACCGUGGAAAGCAGAAUGCAGGCGCGCUACUCUGUGUCCAGUCCCAACUCCUUGGGUGUCGUACCCUACAUCAGCAGUGACCAGAGCUACUACCGGACCGCUGCCGGGGGGGGAUACACCGGCAUGCCCGCGCCCAUGAGCAUGUACUCACAUGCGGCCCACGACCAGUAUCCCGCCAGCAUGGCGCGUGCGUACGGACCGUACACCCCUCAGCACCAGCCCAAGGACAUGGUUAAACCACCCUACAGCUACAUCGCUCUAAUCACCAUGGCAAUCCAGAACUCACCGGACAAGAAGGUGACUCUGAACGGAAUUUACCAGUUUAUCAUGGAGCGCUUCCCUUUCUACCGAGACAACAAGCAGGGCUGGCAAAACAGCAUCCGGCACAACCUGUCGCUCAACGAGUGCUUUGUCAAAGUGCCCCGGGACGACAAAAAGCCGGGAAAGGGCAGCUACUGGACCCUGGACCCCGACUCCUACAACAUGUUCGAGAACGGCAGCUUCCUCAGGCGCCGGAGACGCUUUAAAAAGAAGGACGUGCAGAAGGACAAAGAUGAGCGGGACAGACCAGGGAAGGACGCCUCGGCGCGCACCCCGGGCCGCGAGCCGCAGCAGGAGCUGCCCCCCGUGCAGGGCGGGCAGGGCUCCCAGCCCGUGCGUAUCCAGGAUAUAAAGACAGAGAACGGCACCUCUACGCCACCGCAGGCCGCGUCUCCGACCCUGAGCGCCGUGCCGAAGAUUGAGAGCCCGGAUAGCAGCAGCAGCAGCAACAGCAGUAUCUCCACGGGUAGCCCUCACAGCGUGCCCUCCUCCCGCUCCAUCAGCAUGGACGGUCCCGAGCACCACCACCAUCAUCAACAGCACCACCCGCAGCAGCAGCACCAGCAGCAGGGGAGCGGUGGCGGGCAGGCCUUCAGUGUGGAUAACAUCAUGACAUCCCUGAGGGGGUCGCCGCAGGCCGAUCUCUCCCCGCCUCUCAUUGCGUCCUCUCGGACCGGUAUCAACCCGUCACUGUCGAUCAACUAUUCGCCCAAUAACCAAACGUACAGUUCGGUGACCUGCAACCAGAACGCCAUCAACGCUUCCAACUCGCCGAACGCAACGUAUCACUGCAACAUGCAAGCCAUGAGUCUGUACGCGGGGGACAGGGGAGGGGGACACCUAGGCCCCUCCACCACCAGCAGCAGCAGCACCCUGGACGAGACGCUGCCCGACUACUCCAUCACCACGACCACCACCUCUCCGCUGGGACACGGCAACCUGGGCCAGGCGGGGCAGGACGGGCACCACGCACACCACCAGGGCCGGCUCGCGUCCUGGUACGGGGACCUGAGCCACCUGAGCGGCACGUACCCGACGCAACAACAGAACUUCCACUCAGUGAGGGAGAUGUUUGAGUCGCAGCGGAUCGGUUUGAACGGCUCUCCGGUGAACGGGAAUAAUAGCUGUCAGAUGGCCUUCCCGUCCAGCCAAUCCAUCUACCGCACCUCGGGAGCUUUUGUUUACGACUGCAGCAAGUUCUGAGUCAGUAAGCUGCAGGACAAUGUGCCUCUCUCUUUAAAUUAAUAACUUUAAUAUAUUUCUUUUGUAUUUUCUUUUUUUGUACUUUAAAUCAAUCUUUUAAUUCACAUCCCGAAUGGACAUAGCACACAUUAAGAGUGUUUUUGCUCUGGUUGUGUGUGUGGGGCGUGUGUAACACCAUAAGCACGUAAGUUUCUCCUUUCACUUUUAUGAAUUGUUUUGCAGACUGCAUAUAAUCGUCGCUAUGAAUAUAAACGGUAAAUUAUAUCAUUUAGGCCAAAGUAAUUUAUUUUAUAGGGAAAUGGGUGAUUAGAUGAUGAGGACCAAACACUCUAAAGUGAUUUAAAUGUUCUGCUCCUUUGUGUGUCCUUAUUCUUAUUAGAAAUAGAGCGGGAACCUGUAUACUGUUAUUCUAUUCAUUUUUGUCUCAUUUGUUUAAAAAUAACUUUCUUGAAGGCCUUUCAGUUUGUAUGUUUAAUAAAGUGCCUCUGAAUCUAU